UGAGGACAUAGCCACGCAGCAGACAUGAGUAGACAGAGCUAUGGAUAGGGAAGACAGAGAGGUGGCAGGUCCGUACUUCACGGGGAAGAACAAGGCACUGAAGCUCACUGAAGUGUUGGAGAUACUGGAGAACCCUGACGACACACGGGCUAUAGUAACACCCCCUGCUAAACCCCAUGGAGGAGACGGGUACUUGUACAGGGUGGAGGCAGACUCGGCGGAAGACUCCUGGAAAAAUGACAACUACUACUUCAAGCAUAAUGGUCCUCGUGAACAGCCUAAACCUUCACCCAAGGUUCUCAAGCAGUACUUCGUGGCUUAUAAAAGUAAUGGCAGCACCACCAAGGCUUUUAAACGACAGGCAUACAACUUGCUCGAGGGAGACGUGAAAUAUAUGUUAGUACACUACAUUGGGAAAUGCACAGUAGCAUUAUCCGAUCCAAAAUAUGAGAAGCGUUUGAAUACAGCCCUCCACCAUGAAUCCCAGAUAGUGAACAGUUACGCGAGAAUAGCUGGUUCUGGAGAUGAAGAUGGUGGAGAUUGGGAGACCAGGGAUAUGGAAUGUGAUCAUGAUCGUGCAAAUACUAACUCUCCUACAUUCCUGGCUUCCUUAGAUGAAGUUAGCUCAAGGAAAAGGACACAUGACCCUGAUAUGGUAAAUCGUGUGAAAUCUCCUAAACGUUCAGAAAACGAAAAAGUAAUAGAAAACAAUUUGAUGGACAUAACCACCGAAUGUGUUAGUCAUCAACAUGAUGAAAGAGCGACCAACCUCAAGUCACUCACCGAAUAUUUGCUGAACAAACGUACUCAUAUCGUUAUCGCAAGACGUGUGCUGAACCAGACAAAAUACUGGGAGAAAAGCACCAGCUUUUCUACCUUUGACAGUCCAUGUUUAUCAUUAAUCGCUGACAUCGACUGUAAAUGGAGAAAUGACCUCACAGAAGUCAGUGGCAGGUUGAAAUGGUCACGACUUAGCCCGGAUGGUUCUCGGCGAAAGACCAGUGCAAGGAUACGUAUCACAGACUGGUAUCUACUGUCAUAGUAGGUGCAUAUCACAUGAAGACGGACAUCACAGAGUUUGUUGACACCCUCUAUAUGUAGCCAUCACAUGUGAUGGGUGACAACGCCAUAACAGAUGACGACGAUGGGACGGAUCCUCAGAUGUGCAAGGUGGGGCCCCACAACAUACAGAGGAAUCAUCUCCUCGAUCAAACAGCAUGGCUUGGCGAUGAGGUGAUGAAUGCAUACAUGCAUGUCCUGAAGACCACGUGGAAUAGGAUCCACAUCCUCCACUGCGCUGUACUUGAUUCCUUCCUUGUCAACCAUUGGGAGAAAGACGAGUAUGACGUGCACCCAU